GGAGCAAGGUUGCACGAUAUAAAACUAAUGAAAUGAUUAAAAACACCAUUAGCAUAACAUUAGUCAAGAAGAAAUACAUCUAAGGAAAACUUUAUGCGGCAAAACUCACUUUUUAAAUGUGAACUUUUAUGAAAUAUGAAAAUAUUGCAAAUUAUAGGCAAUAGUACAAGGAUGGGGCCGGGGCUGUACUAAAUUAGUAGAGAAAGUUGUCAACACUCAAAGUUUUAAAUUGUUUAGGGCAUCUCCAAAAAUCUGGAGUAAUUCCUCCAUUCAGUUCUUCUAUCAAGUUGUGUCCAUGCUUUCUCUACUGGUAUCCCUUGUACCGUACGGGGUUGUGUUAACACAGAUAGAGAGCAGUAGGGGUUGUGGUCCCUUCUCUAACCAAGACCAAACCAAACCUUUGUAUGCAAUGAAGUUUUUGCAGCAGGCAUUUCUGUUCCAACCGACAUUUGUUGCGUUCUUUGUUGUUGUUGCACUAAUGAUUUGUUACUAUGCUAGAUCACUGGCUAUCAGCAGAAAAAGAUAUGGAAAAACAUUGUCUAGACAGCUGAAGAUGGCAGUAAAAGAAUUGAAACUUCUGAAGAAAGACCCAAAUUUAAUAAAAUAGUUAGAUGUUCAAUAUUUUUUGUUUUUCUUUAAUUACAAAAUUUUAUUUGAAUAUAUUAUU